AUGUCCAUGUCAUACUCUCGGGCUAGCCGGCUCGCUAGUUUAAACCACAAGGAAUUCGACUUCCAGUUCUUUGUGUACCAACAAGAGGUGGAGUAUAAAACAUGGCUUGGUGCCAAAAGAGUGAGUCGGUGGAUCCACCGGAUCGCUGACGACACCAGUUGGAACUGCUUCAUGUGCAUGAUCUCGCUGUUCGCCAUCGUGUUUGUGGCCGUUCAAGUUGGUGUUGAAACUGCGCUUCACGAGAUAGUGUUCCACAUUUUUUAUAACGUGAUUUAUUUCGUGAAUUCAGCGUUAUUGUUUUACAUCCAGUUUGCAAAGCUCCAAAAGAGUACUUGGGCCACCAAAUUCGGCUUUGUGCUCGACGUCCUGUCAAAUGUUCAUUACCUUAUGUACUAUCUCUUCACCAUCGGCAUCGUGCCGUUAUGGGUGUGCCGAAAUGCCAAAAUUGCUUGCUACUACCUGCGUUUGUACCGUCCUGUGCGAUACCUCUGGUUUCUGAACGACACCCAUCUUAUCGGUGGUGGUGUGAUCGGAACUACACUCAAGUACGUGUACAUAUUCUGUUUGCUCCGCGUAACUUACGCUAUACUUUGGAUCCAUCUGAUAUGGUAUGAAAUAAAUUUUGAACAACACCUAGAAUUUCAGAGUAAAUUAAGUCAAACGCCUAUGUUCAAAAGGAGCCACGAAGAAUUUAUGAAGAACCCAUUUCUCUGGUGUCUUUACCUAGUGGAUAAAAUGUUUAUUCCUAUUGGCCCCCAGGUAUACCCUUUCAAUGAUCUGGAGCGAGUACUGACCAUGGUAGUGAUGGUGACCGGUAACCUCACAGGAAUAGGCUUCACAAUAGCCAACUUGGCUAUUGUAACCUCAGUGGUCUUCCAGCACGAGGAAUCAUUUCGCGCAAGACUUGCGGUCAUUACGAACGACAUGGUGGAAAUGCGAGUUCCUAAGCAGCUACGAGAGAAGGUCAAGACUUUUUACAGAAUGUUUUGGCACAAGCAGAAAGCCAUUUCCGGCUCGGUACUGAUGCCUACUUUUCCGCCUACUACCUUCAACCACAUUUAUUCGGAAAUCUAUUUUGAGGCUCAGCAAAAGAGUCGUAUACUUCGGGAUUUACCUAAUCAGUUCCUGGAAGAACUCGCUAAAUCGAUGACAACAAUCAAUUACAUCCCCGGAGACUGGAUCAUCAAACGCAAAUCCACUAAGGCUUCCAUUAUUUACAUUGCCUACGGAGAUAUCGAGAUGAUGACAGGAGAGGACGACGUCACACCAAUGUUGCGCUUCUCUCGCGGUACAGUCAUCAACGGUUGCGGCGGAUGUCCCGCGGUGGGAUGUGCGCGGUCGCACGUCGAGAUUCGCGCAGCCACUUUCUGCACGGCGCAUGUACUCAGCGCCUCCAACUUGUGGAAAGUGGCCGUUAAGUUCGGCAAGAGCAGCGAAAUUUUCAUAAUACAUUCCUCUUUUGAAGAACAUUUCGAGAGAGUACGAAGACACUAUGAAGCGAGAUAUCAUCCAACUGUGAAGUACAAAAGUAGUAUCCUGUACAUGAAAAACAACCUAAUGGACUUGAAACACGCUCGCGACGCCGACGGAAAGCUGCUUCUGGAACGCAUUGACGUAUUCCUGGAGAUUGCUGGUUGCUACGUCAUGAGAAAUCGAAAUGACUCUUCUCUGAUGGAUGAGUCGGACCGCAUCUGCCUCCGAUCCACGUUUCCUUGCAUCUUGCAGCCUGUGUCCUCCUUACUCGUGGCGUGGAACGCUUUCGUGGCGUUGCUGACAUUUGUGGUUGCAGUGACGCACCCGUAUAAUCUAGUUCACAAGCGAGAGAUAUCUCGUCAAUUUCGAUUCUUCGAUUAUCUAGUUAGUGGGAUCUUUAUUCUGGAUAUCAUCACGCAUCUCUCCACGGGUGAUAAAAUUGAAGACGGACUGCCGAUCUCGUUCAAGCAGACGUCCAUUCAUCAGAUGAGAACCAUUUGGUUCGGACUGGAUGUGCUCGCUGUUUUGCCUAUAUUCGAAUUUGUCGGGAACAGUUUCUUUACAGGCAUCAAUAAACUGUGCAAAUUGCCCAAGCUUUUCAGGACACUUAAACAAAUGGAAACCGAAGCAGAAUGUCACACCAACGUAUUUCGUUUUCUAUCUUACAUACUGGUAGGCCUGCUCUCGAGCUACCUUAUCGCCUGUCUGCAACAGGGUUUCAUGUGCUUUACGUACGUGUUCCCGCGUUGGACCAUCCGUCCGGACGGGCGAUACAUGCAGUGCUACGAGUGGUUACGCGUCUUGUGCGCCAUUUUAUGCAUCUUCGUGUUUCCCAACUACAUAUACUUCCAGUUUCAAUUUACUUGGCUCCGAUACCUAGCCAUUCUACUCGAUUACAGUGCUUACUUCGACAUUUUCCAGCGCAUGCUGGUGGGAUACUACAAUGAGAAGGGUAUCCUGGUGUACCACCCUGCCAGCACCGCCAUGCACUACUUCAAGGGCGCCUUCACUGCCGAUCUGUUCGCCUCCUUACCGUUAGAAAUCCUCGCAUUGUCUGCUGCAAGAAUGCACCAAUCCAUUACCAGACCUAAAUUCUACUUAGUACCUCCACUGGCGCAGUACUUAAUGUUCAAUCGACUAUUGCAGCUGUAUCGGCUGCCUAACAUGCUCAAAACUCUCUCGGUAUACAUAGAGAGAGAGGAUAUCCUCCUCAUCAUCAAGGGAAUGCCUCUACUCCUGGGGCUGCUCAAUGUGAUGACGUCAUUUCUGUUCUUGGAAUCAAUUGAUAUGUAUGCACCUUACGGUGGAAAUGAAUGGUACUUUGAGGAGAAACCAAUGAACGAAACGUGGAUUACGACCGCUAAAUCCAUAUACUCCAUGUGCCCGGUGCUUUUGGAUUGCGACCUCCCGCUGCUGGGGCUCAUUGGGCGCGCCGUCAACAGCAUCUACUUCCUCGCUAACACGCGCUUUAUCGAGAAGAACGACGUCAUCGAAGAUAUGUACUUCGUUAAUAAGGGUACCGUCGUAGUCAGGGACUCGAACGACGAUAACCUCCAAAUUAUGAAGUUGCCUCGAGGAAGCAUUUUCGGAAACUUAGAACAGAAGAAGAGAGUGAGGUGCAUGAACACAUUCAUGGCCGACAGCAAUGUGCAUUUGCUCAAGAUUAACGCAUUAGUAUUCUACAAAAUCAUCUCAGAAUUUCCUAAAAACAAAACUCUCAUGGAACAAUAUCGUGUAAAUAAUGAGAAUUACAUCAUCGGAGGACAAAUGGACACUAGAGCGAUGCCGAUUUGGAAAGAACGUACGCCCAGCUCAACUAACCUCUAUGAGACGCACGAAGGCACGUUCAAAUACUGCGAUAUGCAACGCUCCAAUAUCAUGCAUAUAUACUUAAUCAUUGUCAGCCUUUUGUCCAUCUACACCGAAACUUACAAUAUCACCUUUCAAGACAACAGAUUGCCACUCGUCGUAAUCCUCUACCUGCUUGACUUCUUAUUCUUUUUAAAGAUGGUUAUAAAUUAUGCUAUGGCCAACGGCGUAUUUGACACUAAAGUCAAAUUGAACCUACUUAACGCGACAAAACGGAACGCCUCGGCGGAUGGUCCGCGUGAGCGGCCCCGGCCUUCUGAGAGUGCCCUGGGUCAACACAAAGGCACCCUCAAACUUGUGAGCAUAGACUUGGAGAUAGGGUCCCCCGACUCCUGUCCCCACGGCUCACUACAGCGAGGGAAGAAGGUGGGCGUACUGCCUCCUUCGUCUCCCCAGCCGCCGUCUUCGGAGCGGGUCGUCCUCUCUGAGCCGUUCCGAGGCCUCCUUGUGCGAAAGUACGCUUUCACAGAAGGAGGCCAUUGCAUUCCAACACCUCUGACUGUCGAGCAUCGCGCUCACGAUGGUCGACAGCGAGAGAUCUCCGCCCACUACCGCGGUCAGGGAGUGCCGCUGGGGGCCCCAUGCCGCACAUUCUGCCACGGUAUGACGCACUGUAUCGACGGAAGCGCCACACUCGUGACAGACAGGGGUCGUCUCCCGACCUGCAACCCGGUGCAGGUAUUCGCCGAAACAUCCAUGUCCGGUGAGAACCUGCACCAAUACUGCAAAGGAGUGUUCAAGUACGACGUCAUUUCCUGUGUGCCCUUUGAGUUGUUCUGUUUUCUCGCACAAAAUAAGUGGAUGGCAUUCUCUUGCUUAAGACUUAACCGGCUAUUCCGAGCGGUGACAAUCAGCGAAUGCAUGAGAAAGCAUCGCACCAAACCAAACAUCAACCUGGUGCUAAGCAUGCUCGUGUCGAUGAUCAUUUGGUUCAUGUUGUACAUACACUGCAUGACUUGCGCCUGGUGCUUCAUCGGAAAACUUGAAGACGAGAGGGCGCCCAACUCAUCGUGGCUACAUUUGAAUACGACUACGGCACCUUGCCAGUGGCCAUAUUUGUGUGCGUUUUACUUUACACUGACCACGUUCACGAUUGACGGCGUGGGUGACAUCUUACCGAAAGUACAAUCAGAGGUCAUCUUCACGUGCUUCCUGCAAAUAGUUUCCGUUUUGCUGUACAUGAUUUAUGUGGGCGGAUUUUCCUACAUUAUACGGUACAAGUCUUUCAGAUUCUUUGAGUUCUGCGCCAAAUACGCGGAGCUCUUGGCUUAUAUGAAAAGUACUCGCGUGUCGAAGAACCUAAUGAAAAUGAUAAACAAGUAUUCCCUGCACCUGUGGCGGGAAUCGCGCGGCGUGCAGAUGCCAUACUUUUUGGAAACGGCGCCGCAACACCUGCAGACGAAGGUCAUGAGCGCCGCUUAUAUGACGCAUCUUACUCAGCAUCCUACGUUCAGAACUUGUGAGCCUGCAUUCAAUCGCCAACUUGUGAGGCAUUUGCGAAUGUACUUUUAUGAUGACGCUAUGUACGUGGUAAAACAGAACGAGAUCACCGAUUCAAUGUAUAUGAUCCAUAGAGGCACCGUGGAAGAGGUAGCUGAAGACCUGGAGGAACAAACACAGCUGCUCAACGACGGUGAUAAUUUCGGCAUUCCGCAGGGAUUAGAGCGCAACACGCCAUUCACGUUCUCCUACCGAGUCAUUGGCAAGGCGCAGAUUCUCACUCUAAGUCUCGAUGAUUGGAAGUAUUUAGUGAAACAUUUCCAAAAAAGCAAAAAUGUAAUAUUCAAGGACAAAGACAUAGAUCAAGACAGAAAACUGGAUCAUGUAGUAAAGAAGGCAACAGUGAAGUCUACACCGGAUAAAUCAAAAACAGAUGAUUUACAAGCAAAAUUGAGCCCCGAUAUCGAUAUUGCAAGAAGUUUGGAUGAUCGCCAAGAACUUACAAACGUAGUGCCAACAGUUUCAUCACCACCUGCAGAGCCUGAAAUAAUAAAGGCUGUAGUCGAAGCUCCACUUACAUUUAAAGACACGAUUAAAGAGCCUGUCAGUGCUCAAAAGCCAUCGGACACUAAUUCAGGUCUUAAUGUGGAAACGACAAAAUUUUUGGAAGAUCACCAAGAAACGGAAGUAUUUCCCGUUGGAACUAUUGCUAUACCGUCAUCUGAAUCAAUAAAUACAGUUACUACAACAAUGCCAACAACGCUUGGUACCACAGCAAAAACCAUGACAAAGCCUAUCACACCUGAAAGGUCAGUUAGUGAAACGAAACCUUUGAUUUCUGCGGAAACUUUAAAAGAUCUUCAAUCAAAUAGCAAAUUAAGAGUUGGAAGGGAAACAGCUAACACUUUUGAAGAACAAGCACAAAUAGAAGAAACUUUAACAGAUAUAACGCCAUUUAAAUAUAAAGUUGAUGCAGAAGUUGAUAUACAAAAAUAUACAGAAGAACCGCCACUCAACCAACUUAAAUCGGAAACGGAUAUAGAAGAUGGAGAAAAUAUACCACUCAAAAAAGAGAAUCUUGGUCAGCUACCUGCUAAAAGUACUGAAAAAAUAUCGUCAACUAGUAGUAGUAUACGUGCUUCCAAAGAAUCUUUAAAAUCAGAAAAAGCUAUGACACUGGAACUCCCGGUGGGUUAUUUUACUAACCCUAAAUCGUCAAAAACAAAUUUGGAGUCAUUUUUUAUUGGUGAAAAUCAGGACGUAAGUCCCGUUGCAAAAGUAGCACGAGAUCUUUUGCCUACGGAAAACCUACAAAAAUCUGAUGACAUAGAAGUACACACGCGCUUCGAAGCAGGUGAGGAUGAAGAUUCUAAGUUUACUGUUAGACGCAAAUCUACACUUACCAUUAACAGAGACGAAAUUGACGUAGAAUUAAAAAUGUUAGAAAGUGACAAUAAAGAGGAAACUGAAAAUGAUAUUCCCAAAUUCUUUGAUCCGGUAACAGAUAAGGGUUCAUCGCAACCAGGUUAUUCUCAUAACAGGAGGAAAACCGAGUUCUUUACCCUAGACCCACAUGAUUUUGCAAGAGUAACAGGAAAUGAAAAAAACAAAGAAUAUCAAGAUUCACCACUCAAAACCGAGAACCUUGAUCAAUUACAUGCUAAAACUGCAGAAAUAUCAUCAGUCGGUAUACGUCCUUUUAAAGAAUCUGUAACUUCCAAUGUCACACCCGAAAAGGAUGAAUCAGUGGAACUUCCGAUAGGUAAUUUAAGUGACCCUAAAAUCAAAACUGAAUCAAUACGUAAUAAUAACCUGUUUUCUUUAAAACCAAAACCCAAGCCGCUUUCUAGUCCUGAAAAGGAAGCCAUGGAUCCUGUUGACGAUAUAACACAUGAUCUUUUGAAUAAAGUUAACCGAGAAAAAUCUAGCGAUACCGAAACACGCUUGAACACGCACUUCAAAUCUGAUUUAUAUGAAGACACCAAGUUUAUUGCUAGACACAAAUCUACUACGUUCGAUGUUAACGGAGAAGAAAUAGAAGAAGAAUUAAAAAUGUCAGAAAAUGAAAAGGACACUGGAUCUGAUAUUACCAAAUCCUUUGAUCCGGUUACAGAUGAGACUUCAUCGCAACCAGGUUAUUCUCACAACAGGAGAAAAUCUGAGUUCUUUGAUUUAACAAGCAAAACAGAAGAUGAAAAAGGCAUCAUCAUAUAUCAAGAUUCAUCGCGCGAAAACGAGAAUGUUGAUCAAUCACAUACUAUAACUAUAUCUGAAAAAUUCAUUAAAGGUCAACCAUCGCAAAGUAGUAUUCCCAAAUCAUUUUCAGCGGCAAAAGAAAGUUCACCGGAAACAAAUACCUCUCAUAAUAGACAGAAGUCAACCUUUUACACCACAGACUCACAUUAUUUAGACACGGGGGUAAAAGAAGACGUAGACGUGUAUUCAGAUAAACCACACAAAGAAGCGACUUUAAAUGUUUUACUGUCACCGACAACACAAAUAUCGCUUGAAAGUUACAAAUACGAGCAUUCUACAACGGAGCUAACUACUCAUCCAACACAGGCCACAACAACCAAAAACCCGUCGGCAAUGCCUGGACCCGACUACAAAACAUUUGAUGCUGGAUAUAAACAUUCACUCUUUCUCUCCUUCAGGGACAAGAUUGAUACUUUUGAAGUAUCGAAUGAUGACGCUGAAGUUCGUUCUGAUGAAGGCGUUACACAUGUAAAUGAAAAGGACAGUGUAGCGUCAAUGAUUGCUUACGCCGACGGUGUUGCGAUGAAGAAAGAAAGGGCCGAACUGUCAAAAAGCAAAAAGUCAGAAGACAGCGACAAAAAGAAAGAUUGA